AUGGACGACAACCAGACUCGCGUCGCCGACUACCUCGACGACAAGCUCCAGAAUGCCGCUGACCUCGACGGCCUCGACGCCCUAUUGGCCACGCUGAACUCGCAGCAUGGGCUCCUCCGCCAGCAGCUCGACGACGCACAGCGCGACCUGCACACGGCCAAGGAGGCCUCGCAUUCGCACCAUGGCGACCUCACGCGCGCCGCCGACCGCUUCACCCACGAGCAGGCCGACAUUGACCGCCGCCUGCUGGUCAUCACCGCCUCCGAGACGAGCGACGAGGCCGUGCCCCGCUUCGAGCAGGUCCUCGACACGCUGCACCGCCUGGACGUCGCCAACGGAUACGUGCAACUGCUGGCGGACGUCGACGUUCUGAGCAAGCAAGCCCAGGCGCAGCUCCAGACGUCCAAUGAAGCCGCCCUCGCGCCCUACAAGCAGCUGCGCGCACUGCACACCCGCCUCGUCAACCUGCAAGACGACGCCGAGGGCGCCGCGCCCCAGCUGCUCCACCACGUCAACACCAUCGCCCAAGCCCUGCGCACCAAGAUCCUCGACGCCUUUGCCGCCGACCUCGACCGCACCCUCAAGAAGAUACACUGGCCCACGCCCAGGGCCGCCAUACCCAGCCCGCUGCAGGAGGAAUGGGAGACGGCCAUCGUGAAGCUGCUCGAUCUGCAGCUGCCCGAGCUGCAGGGCAUGAGCUAUGCCAGCGGGCCGGGCGACAAGGUCAAGCUCCCGCCCGUCCUCUUCCCCAUCGAGGUGCUCGUGCAGCCGCUCGAGAUGCGCUUCCGCUACCACUUCGACGGCGACAAGCCCACGAACCGCAUUGAUAGGCCCGAGUACUUUCUCUCGCACAUUACCACGCUUUUGAACGACUACAGCGCAUUCGUCAGUGACCAUGUGCAACCUGUCCUGCUGCGUCACUUCCGCGGCACCGAUCUUGCGCUUAACCCCGUCUACAUCGAUGCCAUGUCCGCCUUCAUAACCGCCCUACUGCCCAUGCUGCGCUCCAAGAUUGGCUCGCUACUGCCCCAGGUCGCGGGCCAGCCCCAGCUGCUCAGCCACCUCAUGCACGAGAUAAUGAGCUUUGACACGACCAUCAGAGACACCUGGGGAUAUGACGGCGGCUAUGGCGUCGACGGAUGGAAGGGCUUAUCAUGGGAAUUCCUUGUUCAGGGCGACUGGUUUGGCCGGUGGCUGCAGGUCGAAAAAGACUUCGCUCUGUCUCGCUAUCAGAACAUCGUCGAGGCUCCAGAUUUCGGUGAUCUCGACUACGAGAGCGUCGAUCCCAAAGCCACCAAGCCUACCAAGGGAGCGAUCCGCGUGAACGACCUGCUCGAAACCAUAACCGAUCGAUACAGACCCUUGACAUCCUUCAGCCAGAAGCUCACCUUCCUGAUAGACAUACAGAUUGCCAUUUUCGACAAACUCCACGAAAGGCUGCAGAGCAAUCUGGAAGCGUAUCUGUCCAUGACCACGUCACUGGGUCGCGCUAUGGGCGGUGUGACCAAGGAGGAACAGGAGAAGCUGCUUGGCGUCGAGGGACUGGAGCGCCUUUGCAAGACGUAUGGCAGUGCUGACUAUCUCGAACGGGCCAUGCGUGACUGGAGCGACGACGUGUUCUUCCUCGAUAUCUGGGAAGGUCUACAAGAUCGUGCUCGUGGCCAGACUAGCAAUAUUGGUACCAUGAGCGUGGCCGACGUCGCGGAACGCACAUCCAAGAACGUUGAAAGUGACGACGUCGAUGGCGGUUCCCUCUUUGACGAGACGGCAUCGUGGUACGCGCGCCUCCGUGAACGCAGUGAGAAGAUUAUCAUCGACACACUCAACAGCAAUGUGCGUGAGGCGCUGCGUCCAUAUCGGCACAUCAACCCGUGGGCAACUCUUAGCGGACCCUCCGCUUCAGCCUCGACCGCCACAGAACUGUCACCAACUGCAGAAAUCGACCCAUUACUGACCUACCUACGUAGCACGCUAGCAUUCCUUUCGCGAGCUCUAGCAUCUGCGCCAUUGCGCCGCAUCACUCGGGCCGUCUUGACCACCAUCUCGACAACGCUGUGGGAGAAUGUGCUCAGCCGGUAUCGAUUCUCUACUCAGGGAGCUGCCCAGCUACACGCUGACCUCGCGGCCGUUUGCCGAGUCGUGGACAAGCACGUUGGUCCAGGGGUUGCCGAAGCGGGCUUAGCCAAAUGUCUCGAAGGCGUCAAAAUCGUCGGAUUACCCGUAAAAGGCACUUCAGCCUCGCAUGUUGAUACUGCAACGGGUCGGGAUGACGACGGUGGCGAAGAAGACGAGGACUGGGACACGGGAGCUUGGGCCGCAGAAGACGGUGAUGAGCUGCAUGAUGCUCCGCAAAAAGCAAAUUCCACCCGUGACACAGCGUCUGGGGUUGAGGGAGGAGGGGAACUUGGGCUGUGGGAGGUGGAGAGGCGGCUUUUUGCGGAUAAUCAAUCUGCGAGGGAUGUGCUGGAGGACUUGGGAUUGGAGCUUCUGAGUGAGACGGAGGCGCGGGCGUUGUUGAGAAGGAGGGUUGAGCUGGCUGGAUAG